UAUCCGAAAUCGACCAUGUUGUAAUUAACGAACUCUAGAUCUUCUUGGAGAGAGAGGAUUCAGUUAGAUAAUUUAAAGGAAUUCAAAGAAUAUAUCCUCUUAACCUUCAUAGCUUUGGAUCGUCGAGAAGAAUUUUUUUGACUAUGAGCAACACUGUGGACAGGAAAGCUGAAACGAAGGAACCAGAAGAAGAUGAAGACGAUGAAGUUGAUAGAGUAGGACCUACAGAAGAACCAGAAGUGGACAGAGAUGCAUCGACACAAGAACCACCUGGUAGAACAAGACUCAUACUUCAUGUUCACCCAAGUCAGAUAAGUCUUUUAAAGGGUAUACCGAACAAGCCCAAAGAGUACCCUCUUGGUCAAAGUAUCAUAUUUGGCAGAGGAGAAAAUGUGAAUAUAUUUCUGAAUGACCAUUUUGCAUCUAAACGGCAUUUGGAAUUGACAUAUGAACUCCACCAGGGGGCACCUCAAGGUCUUUUUAAAGCAAAAGUUAUUGGCAGACAAUCAACAGUUAAUGAUAUUCUCAAAACCACUGGUGAUGAACUUUAUUUAAGACCUAACGAUGUCAUUAAAAUGGGACAGCUCAGGUUUACGACAGAGAUAAUUAACGGCAAUGAUCAUUCGUCCUAUAUUUUGGAGUUCAAAAAAGGUUCUCGAGGACCAAACCCAGAUCAAGGGCUUCAACAUCCGCCAUGCUUGCCUCACCAGCCUCCAUAUCAGAUACCUCAAUAUCCACCUCAAAUUCAUCCAUAUAAUUCCCCAGGGCAAAUGCAUCAACCAUUUGUUCAGCCUCCACUUUCUGGAUAUCCUGGAUUGGCAGCAAUGCCAGUUACUGUUGCAGCAUAUCCUGCGUCUUUUCCUAAUAUUGCUAUGCAGCCCAUCUCACCAGGGAGUGGUCCAUCUACCUUUCCAGUGGUUCAGCAGCAUUCUCCAAUUUAUGGUCAAGUGGGAACCAGAAGAGAAGAUUUUCAAAGUGGUGGGCGAAGUGCAUCAGAAAACGAUGAUAGGCUUAACCCAAGGCUUUCAGUUGAGGAGACUCAACCUUCAAAGAUGGAGUCUUUAGGGGACUCAUUUGAGGACACAAAUCCUCCAAAACAUUAAGGAAUACUCAGAUAGUACAGUUGACAGUAACAUCAGAAAAUUUGAUACCUUUAGGAGUUUAGAAGUCUCAACCUUGAACAUUGGAAUUUUGGAGGGAAUCACGAUACAAUUCCUCGCAAACGAUGAAGAAUUCUCAGAUAGUACAGGUAUAGUAUUGUAGUCAUCCAUAUUUAGAAAGAACUUUUUUUUAAAAUUACUUAAAGUUGCAUUGUGCAUCAUUAGUUCUCAUAACUCGUUACAUGAUAAAAUUUACAACUUAAAAUGCUCUGAAUUAGGAAUGAAUGAAUUCAUUUGAAACCAAAUGGGGGUCAAUUUUUGGCAAAGAAUAUUUCAUGGUUUUAUGCAGGUGUUUGGAUGAAGACUCGGCAAAUUCGCAAACAGAAAAUUAUUGCUUGGACCAAGUGCAAUUCUUGAGACAUUAAUAUAUAAACAGCUGAAAAGACCCCACAAAAAAUUUAAAGAUGAAAUAGCACUUCUACUAGCUGGUAAAAUAAACUGAGAAAAGCUCUAAUGCAUAAUAUCAAUUAAGUUUUCAGUAGUUUAACAUGAAAAUGCAGGGAAUUGAGUGAGGUGCUUUACAUCAUGCUAUGUAAUCCCUUAGAGAAUAAAAUAUAAAAGGUAAUGAAACAGUUAAAAUAUAGGAAUUAACAAAAUCAAAGUCUUAAAAUAAAGCAUCAAAGUACAUACAGCUUUAAGAAUUAUAGGCACUUUUUGAAAACGUUUUGAAAUUUUGGAAAAUUUGUCAAAAACUGGCUUAAGAACAUGUGCAGUCACAUGUAGUACAGCUAUAAACACAGCACUAUUCAAAUCAAAUCUUGCUAAAUCCAAAUCUCUUAAACCACAUUCAAAUCAGUAUUUUUGCUUUGAGUUUAUAGCAGAUAUAAUGGAUGCGUGUAAAUGAGAUACAAAUGAGACAACAAGCGUUGUGUCGAACUGAUAGCCUUACUUGUAUGAUUCUUAAAACAUAAGAAUUUCUCAUUGUGAGCUCAACAGCUGUAAUAACAGCUAUUYUUUGAACUCUUUUUUGUAAUACUGUCUAUUACAUUUUCACAUGCAAAGAUGCAAGCUUGUUUCUGACAUUCACAUUUCAGAAAUAUUUUUCAUAUCUUUAGGGUUCUUCAGGUUGUAUACUAAAAACAUUUUGUUGUUGGUUUUUUAAUAAAAAUAAGUGACUUAAAUUAUUUGGUAUGUUCACUAUGUUUAGUUUAAAAAAGUAGGCAGAUUUUAUUGAGCUUUAUUUUUUAUCACUUUAUCAAAGCAGUAAAAUAAUAAAGAUUGUCUUCAUCACAAUUAUUUUCUAAAAAUAUAACACCUAGUUUUAAUACAUUUAUUUGUAGCUAAACAUAUAUAUAUUUUAUAAUAUAUUGUUGGACAAAUUGUACUUAUUACUUUUCUUAUAUUUCUUUUGAUUUUUAAUUUGAAAGGACUUAUUUUCAAGAAAAUAUCACAUGAUGAUGUUACAUUAGAAAACACUAUGUCCAUUAAAAAAUAGUUUCUUGAAGUAUGAAUGAAUUUUUCGUUCUUUACUGAAAUUUAAUCUCAGGCUAUAGACCUCUUUAGCUGCGGCAUUUCAGACGACACUUCAUUCCCUAGAGCAUCAUUUCUUUGUUUAGCAGUAGUGCAUUUGAAGACAUGAAUAUGAAUACAACUCAAACAAAGAAUCUUAUUCUCAAGACCACGUGUCA